UGUGUCUGUGAAGUGAAUACAUAUGUGAAUAUAUAUAUAAAUACAUAUGUGAAUGAUUUAAGUAACAGAAUGGACCGCGAUGCGGAAAAAAUUUCAACUGUCAGUUCAAUUGACAGUGGACAAUUGUUACUCUGGCUAAAGAAUGAUAGACGAUGAAGCAAAGAUAAUUUUUAUCUAACAAUUAAUCCCUGAUCUACAUUUGCCCCUUGAUGCAAAUCUUUCACUGUUAUUAUCCAAACAUUUCGUAGAACUUGACGAUUGUUGAAAGUAUCGACUAAUUAUCGUUUCUUCAUGAAAAUUAGGGCAAGAUUUAGUACUCGUAUCGAGGUGUUUUGCAUAAUUAUUUAGUGUUAUCUGAAUUUUCUUGAUGCAUUACACGUUUCGACGAAAAUGACGUGUAUUAUUGUAGCGAUUAUCUUAUCAUUCGGAAACUGUUAUAGUGUUAGAGUACUAGGAGAUUGAGCGUCAGUCUUGAGCAGAAUGUAAUAAGUUAUGUGUCUAGAUGAUAUCGAUACUUCCUCACCUUAUGUAAGAACAGUAUUAUAAAUAAUACGAUUAUUCAGACUUAUUUAAUAAUGAAUAUUGUACAGAAGUAGGAGUACUGUCAAUGUUGUUCUCUUUGGCGACUUAACUAUUCGAUUGAUGAUUAAUUUUUUUUAAAUCGUUAAAAGUACUUUAGUGACUAUUGGAAUGACUCACUACACAGAUUUCCCAGUGAUAUGUGGACCAGUGGGAAUCAACGAACAUGUCGAAGAAUUACGUAUUAACGUUGACGAUGUGGUGGGCAAUGCAUGUAAUUGUGUCUGGAAAAUUGGAACGAAUUGCCCUCGAGUCUCAUACUGUUCUCGAAGACUUCAAUGGAUAUCACACUAUAUCAAUCGUCCAUUUUCAUGUACCAGCAAAUGUAAUCAAUAGUUUAUUCAAAUUUACUGCAAAAGAGCUGAAAACCGGUGGAAUCGGUCGCUGUCCCCCUCGAGAGGUCACAGUCUUCCUAAAAUAUGGAAGUAUCGCUGUCGGCAGUCCCGAUGGCUCGAAAAUUGGAGCUAAAUUGUUCGAGAGAAGGCGACAAUUUUCUAAUUUCACAUUUACGAGCGAAAUCGAUGAGUAUGAACUUCAGAGGCCUAAUCCAGCUCCCGGAGAUUGGUAUGCAAUUGCAUUCAGAUCUUGGAGUGAUCCAGAUUCAGAAAAAAUUACACAACAAGGGCUUGGUGCAACAUGCUCCACAAUUUUGGACUCUGAACUAUCAAUAGAGAAAGCAAAAAUCGCCUUAGUGAUUGAUCCCAGUGAUGAUCACACAAUAUUGUUGAAUAAGACAAUGAAUUCCGCAAGAUUGCAAUACCUCAUCACCGAGGACAAAGAACCUGUAAAUAUUUCAAUUACCUCGACUUGUGGGAAUCCCUGUAAAGUAUUAGCUAAUUUGGUAGUGGAAGAUGUCGUGUCGAGUAUCCUAAUUAAUUUCACAGUGAAGACAUCAUUUACGCCGUAUCCGGGAUAUUUUCAUUAUUUAAAUCUACGGCUUCUCUCUGGAAAUACGACGAAUGUUACUGUAUCUUUUGUAAAGCUUCUCGAAAAGCAGACAAGGCAGAGUGAAAUAGAAUUAGUGAGAAAAACUCUGCCGGAAUUCUUCACGUUUGACUACGAAUUUUUUGAAGAAAAUUCAACCACAGCAACUCCAGUGAACAUUUCCGAAAAUGGAUUGACUGUUCUCAACUUUAGAAUCGGUACUGUUUAUGAUGUCGGUGGAACCCUGUCUAUUGGAAUUAAAUUAGUCAAUGAAAGUCAUGAUAUUGUGGUUGUUGGAUGCAUUUCAUUGGGAAUUUACCCAACAAUUACGACAAAUGGAAGUUGCACAGUGUCAACCAUCACCGUGCCCGCCGACUUGUGGAUUAAUUCAACUACACCCCAAUUUCUACACAUUCCCUUUCCAGAGCCAGGGGUCUGGCACUUGACUUUGAAAUCAUUUAGAGUCCCCUCGAACUGCACCUGCCGCUCUUCAUCAGACUCAGCUGUCUCUUGCAAUUGCAUGCAGCCCAUUUCCACUAGAAUUGAAACAAGCAUAGGCUCCUCUCCCUGUAUCGAAGGAAAAUGCAGUUCCAACGGUAAAUGCAACACGUACCUUCACAGCGGAGGAUUUGCCUUUUCAACUUGUCAGUGUCAUGGAGGAUACAGAGGAUUCGACUGUGCAGAUGACACAUACGUACUGACAGGAGGACAAAUUCUCGUGAGAUUUUUCAUGCUUACCCUUAGCAAUCUUGGCUUCAUAGCAUCAGUCUACAUAGCAUUUAAACGAGAGUAUUACACAGAAGCUGUUGUCUAUGGGGCUGUCAUGUUUUUCUCAACGUUUUAUCAUGCCUGCGAGGCAGGUGAAGACGUCAUAGGUAUUUGCAUCACCAAACUCAGUGUCCUUCAAUUUUGCGAUUUCUACAAUGCUCUUCUGUCAAUUUGGGUGACACUGGUAGCAAUGGCUUCCUUCGGCACCAAAAUCACGGCAUUCUGCCAAAUAUCUGGAGCCAUUGUUCUUGCACUAGGAGCAGAACUAGACAGAACAGCUCUCUGGGUAUUUCUCCUACCUGCUAUCACGGGGUUUGGACUCAUUGGAUUCUCCUGGGGAUCCAGAUGCAGGAGACAGAGAAACUUGGGAUAUCCUGCCUCUAGGUACAAGAAUAUCUAUCUCCCUGGGGGAUUAGGAAUCGUUUCCCUUGGAUUGGUUUGUUAUGCUUUUCUCCAGACUAGGAGGAAUUAUCACAUUGUUCACAGCUUCUGGCACAUUUGCGUGGCUCUUGGCGUUGUUCUGUUGUUACCAAAGAGAAAACACAUGAAAUAGUACAGGGGUUCGCUGGAUGACGAGGACGAGAGUUAUGAAGAGGCGAUUCACGCGUUCUCGUCACCCGUCGUCAGCGAUUUUGAUAAUGAGUGCGAUCUCAGUGAUUCAUUCCUUCAUGCUCUUGAUGAUUGAUAUGAGGAGGGCUGUGAUCGCCGCCAGGGGAGAGGCGGAUAUUCCAGGGAAAAUAUUGAAUUACUUGUAGGAGGGGGAGGGGGUAGUUAGUGGCCUAAAACUAUUCGAGUUGACAUAUCCUUUAGUUAUUUAAUCCAUAAAUUAAUUAAAGGAGUCAGAGAUUUUGUAGAAAUACAAAAGUUGGCUAUGAUAUGGAGUUAUUGUCGACAUCUUCUCAUUAUUUUCCCGGCGGAUGUUUUUUUUUAUUUCUGGAAAAUCGUGGAUCGGAUUGACCUGAAAAAUAUACCGUUUUUUGGUUUUCCAAUGAAAAUUUCUAUUAUUCAAUGGCUGCGUUUUUCGUGACACGCUCUACCCGGGCAGAAAGAAUUUACACCCAAUGCGCCAAAAGAAGAAAAAAAAAAGUUUCACUUCAAUAAUGAGAACAUAUGGGCAAUAACUCCGUCAGGAGAUGUAAAAAUUUCCAUAACAACUUGAUGACAUUACGAGGGUUGAAGAAAUUACUUCUCUUAUACUUUCUCUCCUCCAAAUUUUCAAGUAUGAUUAAUGGAAAGAAUAUUGACUACUAAAAUGAUUCGGUAAAUUGUCGUGGAUGAAGAAAAUGUAAAAAAACGAGUCUGGAAAGGAUUCCUGGAAAAGGUGUGCAGCUAUCAAAAAAGGUCGUACAGUAAUGGCUCCUCAAACCACUCAUUUUAUGAGUGUUAAUCGAAUUAACGAUAAAAAAUGAGAUUUACUUCUUGACUCGGUCUUGAUAGAGAUGAACAAUUUGGGUUGUCCCAAUUUAAAAAAAAUAGGCUGUCCUAGGAAUUUACAAUAUCCGCAUGUUAACAUUAUCACCUCAAUUUAUUUUUAAUACUCAGAAUUAUCAGAGUUCUAUUUAUGCACAAGUAAUUGCGAGGAAGUCUAUAAUAGAAUUUGAUUUGUAUUAUAUGUAAAUAUAUCUGAGGUCGCCUCAAUGGGCUUGGGUAAUGAAAUUCAAAUAAAAAGAGAAAUAUUCAUCUAAACAUGAUAAUUAAUCAUUAAUAAUCCUCAGUAUUAUUGAACAUUCGAUGGAGAAAGAUGUUGGACUAUAGUUUAAUGGCUAUGAAUGGCAUGGAAACCCUUCAAUAUCUGUUUA